AUGGGCCCGACUGGUCAGCCGGUGCUGGGACGCAUGACGGCGACGGUGGUGCUGGUCGCCCUGUUGGCGGUCGUUGGCGUUGGUGCCGAGGCGACGACCGGUGGGGAGACGACGGCGGUGGUGGAGGGCUUUAUGCAAUGGAGUCAAGACCAGGGCUUGGUAUGGCACCCUGAGGUUGAGGUGACAUCGACGCAUGCAGCCAGUGGAGGAGAUGAUGGCUAUCUUGGGCCGCAACGCGGUCUCAAAGCUGCUGCCGCGCUUGGCGAAGGCACAGUCGUGCUAAGUGUGCCCCUGCGCAGCCUCAUUACGGCCGAGCAUGCGCUCCUGGACGUGGAGACGGGACGUCUGUGGGACGCGCUGUAUGAGCUCAGCGACCUCGACAUCUUCACUGGCUUUCUGGCCCAUCUCCUCUACAACCCGCAUGCUACCCAGGACCCUUGGGCCCCCUAUCUUGCCAUUUUGCCUUCCACCGACCCGGGUCUCCUGGAACUGUCCGCAGACGAGAUCAGACCUUAUACUGCCAUGCCUAUUGUGGCUGCCCUGCAAGCACGAAACUAUUCACUCUCCAUGAGUAUGACUGACAUUGUCAAGAUGGCGGCCACCAUGGCCCCCACUGGCGGUGAUGCCGUGGCCUGGAUUGCUCAAAACAUGACGUGGUCGCAGUUUGCGCAUGCCCAUUUUCUGCUUCGCUCACGCAGUCAUCGCGUAGCCAUUCGGGAUGCCAUGGCCGAGUGGCAGCAUGCCAUGGCUCUUGUCCCCGGCGCUGAUCUCAUCAACACAGAUAUGGAUCCGGCCUUGCUCAACGUGGUAUGCCGGACGACCGACGAGGGAGAGGGUGUCAAUGCCAACUUUGUGUGCGAGACCACCCGGGACCUCGACGCUGGCGAGGAGCUGCUGGCCCAGUAUACCUCGCGCGCCGCCUCGCGUACUAACACCAAGCUGCUCCUGGACUACGGCUUUGUUGCAACCAACAACCCAGACGAUGCUCUCAUCCUGGAAGUCCCGCCAAUCCCAGCAGGCCUGUCUCAGCUCUUCAAACGCCUUGGCUUUCAGCGUAACAUGGCGGCCUUGCCACGAUUGGAGCAGCCAUAUCAAGUGCAAGAUUUACAGCUCAUGCUCUACUUUGCCGUCUUGGAGGCCGCAAUGACUGACCACACGUUGGCAAAUGCUCCCGUUGGCGCUGUCCAAAUCAAGCUUGAGCAAGGCACGCACCGCCUUCGUGGCCUGGCCAAGAUGAUCCUCUUCCUGGAGGAGCAAAAAGAAAAAUAUGAAGCCAUUCGUGCCAUCAAACCCACUACCACGGCCCAGCAGGGGCUUUUUGACCUGGCCGACCAGGAGUAUGAACUUCUUGUGCGCGCUGUGCAUCACGCGUCGACGUUGCUCGAAGUGAUGGAGAACAAUCAGCUAUAG